UAAUCCAGGGUGGCCAUGUGUGUUGUAGUGAAAAAAGAAAGAAAAGAAAGGGAAAAAAUCACCCGGCUAUGGGUUCUGGGGCACUGGGUUCAACUCUGGACCUCACUGCUGCUUCUGGGAAAAAGUGAUCUGAGCAGAACCAACGUUUUGCAAACCGGGUCGUGUUUUUGUCUUGUUUUGCAAUGCUGGGAAUCAAGUCCAAGGCUUCAUACAUGCCAGGUGAAAGAACUUGUCCUGGACAAUUGUCGGUCGAAUGAAGGCAAAAUUGAAGGCCUCACAGACAAAUUUGAAGAACUGGAAUUCCUAAGUACAAUCAACGUAGGCCUCACCUCAGUCGCCAACUUACCAAAGUUAAACAAACUUAAGAAGCUCGAACUAAGCGAUAACAGAAUCUCAGGGGGCCUGGAAGUAUUGGCAGAAAGGUGUCCGAACCUUACGCAUCUAAAUUUAAGUGGCAACAAAAUUAAAGACCUCAGCACAAUAGAGCCACUGAAGAACUUAGAGAACCUCAAGAGCUUAGACCUUUUCAAUUGUGAGGUAACCAACCUGAACGACUACCGAGAAAACGUGUUCAAGCUCCUCCCACAGCUCACGUAUCUUGAUGGCUAUGACCAGGACGACAAGGAGGCCUCCGACUCUGAUGCUGAGGGCUAUGUGGAGGGUCUGGACGAUGACGAGGAGGAUGAGGAUGAGGAGGAGUAUGAUGAAGAUGCUCAGAUAGUGGAAGAUGAGGAAGACGAAUAUGAAGAGGAGGAAGGGGAAGAGGAGGAUGUGAGUGGAGAGGAGGAGGAGGAUGAAGAAGGUUAUAACGACGGGGAAGUCGACGAUGAGGAAGAUGAGGAAGAACUUGGCGAAGAAGAAAGGGGUCAGAAGCGAAAACGAGAACCUGAAGAUGAGGGAGAAGACGAUGACUAAGUGGAAUAACCUAUUUUGAAAAAUUCCUAUUGUGAUUUGACUGUUUUUACCUGUAUCCCCUCCCCUCCUCCAAAUCCUGUCCCCUGAAACUUAUUUUUUUCUGAUUGUAACGUUGCUGUGGGAAUGAGAGGGGAAAAGUGUACUGGGGGUUGCUGGGGGGGGAGGGCGGGAGGGGGUGGAAUAAAAUACUAUUUUUACUGCCACUCUUUAUUUUUCCCCCUCCUUUUUCUUUGUGUCUGGUUUUGUCCCUGUAAAUGCAAUAGCUGAGUACACACCAAGUGAGCAUUUGUUCCUUACUCUCAAAGAGGAUGGUUUGGAGUUCUCUUACAUUUCCUGGUAUGUCCCAAGUCCCCAGAGUUGGUUUGAAAGCCAUGCUGGCCUCAGUCUGGUCACUCAGAUCCUGGGAGGGGCUGAAUACCAGCUACACCGCUAACUCUUGCUUUGGCUCAUGUGAUUUCUGUGUUUCUUGGGCCUGCUAGAGGCAUCCAGCGCCCUGGUUUGUAAAUAGCAACCUAAAGGCGUAUUUUGGCACUGGUUUGGGGACAUUCCCCAUCUCUCAUCCCUUUUUCCCCUUCACAGAUGGUGGUGGGCUUCGCUUUUCAAAGAGGACUCGGUGGUACUCUUGAGCUGUGAGCCCUCGAGCGGAGAACAGCAGGCUUAUGAAUAAUAAGUGAAAUGGGUUUGGUGAUUAUAAUUAGAAGAAACAAACCCUCAAACUUCAGCCUCUUUAAAAGAAAAAAAAAACUGUCCUAUCUUGUUCUGUAAAAUAUUAGAACGCUUUGUUUUAUGAAAAUGACAGGAUAAUUCUUCCACGUGUACUUCCGUGCUUAGAACAUUUUUACAGACCUGAGCGCUGGAGACGUGGCUGCAUGUCGGCUGGGUUUUUUUCAUACACCCAAGCACGGAAAAACUAAUGCAAAAUUGUAUUUUCUUACCUAGUGGAAGUCUGAAAUGACUGCAAAUUCCUAGUGAAUGUACAGGUUUGCUUUCGUGUCCCUCUUCUGGAUUGCUUUAGAAGUGACGUGUUAUUUCCUAACCCAUGUUUCAUCUGUAUAAAAGAACAUCUGCACCAGUUUUUCUCCUGCCCCUCAGAAGAGCCAAACUUUGAGUUUUAUGUCUGUUUGUCAUUGAUAAAUUUCAAUAAAUCUUUUUAUACAAUU